AUGGAUUCUUCUUCUUGGGGAUUGAACGAACUUCUUAUCCAGUUACUUCCUGGUAAAGUGACGAUGAGCCGAUCACUUGAUCUGCAAGAUCGGAGGAAUACUGUUAGAGUCUUGAUACAGCGUCAAGAAAAGAAACGUCAUCAUGAUGUGGCCUAUGCACAACUAGAGCUAAAUUUGAGUUUUGGCACAAGCACACCGAGAACCUAUAACGAGAGAUAUUACUACGUUCAGGAUUCAACGUCCUACGAACAGAAUUCAGCCAACGCAGCAUGCAUCACCGUGAAGCUCCUCCGGCUUUCUCGGUCGGCAAAACAAUUGGCGUUUUGGACAGCACGAUCGAUGAGAGGAGCCGAUAUGAACUCGGCACUCAAUACUCUCGCUAGAAAACAAAACAAUAUUGAUCGUCGGCUUCAAUCGCUUCGGAUCAGCAAACUAAACGUACUAUCAGUCACCUUCAUACUCACCCCGGUGCGGCUUGGCGCCGGUCUGAUACUCAGGUGGCAAGGCCGGGGUGGGCGAAUGAUUAGAAAAGGAGUUAGGUGGGAGUUUCUUCAUGGGAUUGGGCAUUGA